AUGGGCAUGGGACCUGCCUCUUCGGGCCCAGUGGCCUUGGCAGCUCUGCCCCUCUGGAUGUGGGGUCCAGGCCUGCCCCAGAAUGGAGCUGGGGCUUCGUCCUUGUGGGGCGGGGCAACACCUGGGGUGGGCGGGGAGCCUGGGACAGGGAUGGGGACGCACUCAGUCUCCGGGAUGAUGGCCUAUCACAGCUUCUGCCAGCGCUCCUCAGGACCCAGCCUCUGGGGGGACAUUUCCCAGCCCCAGGGGCGUUCCUGGACUUGGCUACCCCGCCAUCCCGGGCCCCGCAGUGCCGGGGGAGCCUGCAUGGAUGAAGGGAAGGACGGGGAGAGGGGAGGAGACGAUGAAGGGGCUGCCACAGCCACCGCGCUCCCUCAGGCCGGGCGGGGGACACCCCAGGUCUGCGUGGCCCCCGCGCCGCCACGCCCAGUGGCCGCCCGAGCCCUGCGAGCAGGGGGAGGAGCCGCCGCCAGUGGAGGCGGAGGAGCAGAGGAGGCGGAGACGGCGGAGACGGCGGAGAAGGCGGAGAGGAAGGUGGAGGCGGAGGCGAAGGUGGAGGGGAAGGUGGAGGCUGCGGGGAAGGUGGAGGCGGCCGGGAAGGUGGACGCCGCCGGGAAGGUGGAGACGGCAGGGAAGGUGGACGCUGCCGGGAAGGUGGAGACGGCUGAGGGUCCGGGCCGCCGGGUAGAGCUCAAGCUGGAGCCCGAACCCGAACCCGAGCCGGCACGGGAGGCGGAGCAGGAGCCGAAGGGGGAGCCGAAGCAGGAGCCGGAGGAUGAGAACCCGGCGCGGAGCGGCGGUGGCGGCGGCAGCGACGAGGUUCUUCUCCCCACCCUUCCCUCCGACCCCCCGCGGCCCCCCGAUCCCUCCCCGCGGCGCAGCCGUGCCCCCCGCCGCCGACCCCGGCCGCGGCCGCAGACCCGUCUCCGUACCCCGCCGCAGCCUAGGCCACGGCCCCCGCCCCGGCCCCGGCCCCGGCGCGGCCCUGGGGGCGGAUGCCUAGAUGUGGAUUUCCCUGUGGGUCCACCAGGCUGUUCCCACGUGAACAGCUUUAAGGUGGGAGAGAACUGGAGGCAGGAACUGCGGGUGAUCUACCAGUGCUUCGUGUGGUGUGGAACCCCAGAGACCAGGAAAAGCAAGGCAAAGUCGUGCAUCUGCCAUGUGUGCGGCACCCAUUUGAACAGACUCCACUCUUGCCUUUCCUGUGUCUUCUUUGGCUGCUUCACAGAGAAACACAUUCAUGAGCACGCCGAGGCAAAACAACACAAUUUAGCUGUAGACCUUUAUUAUGGAGGUAUAUACUGCUUUAUGUGUAAGGAUUAUGUAUAUGACAAAGACAUUGAGCAAAUUGCCAAAGAAGAGCAAGGGGAGGCUUUGAAAUUACAAGCCUCCACCUCAACCGAGUUUUCUCACCAGCAGUGUUCAAUGCCAGGCCUCAGUGAGAAAUAUCCAACCUGGGAGACAACCAAACCUGAGUUAGAACUGCUGGGCCACAACCCAAGGAGGAGAAGAAUUACCUCCAGCUUUACCAUCGGUUUAAGAGGACUAAUCAAUCUCGGCAACACGUGCUUUAUGAACUGCAUCGUCCAGGCCCUUACCCACACGCCGAUCCUGAGAGAUUUCUUCCUCUCUGACAGGCACAGAUGUGAAAUGCCAAGUCCUGAGUUGUGUCUCGUUUGUGAGAUGUCUUCGCUUUUUCGGGAGUUGUAUUCUGGAAACCCAUCUCCUCAUGUUCCCUAUAAAUUACUGCACCUGGUGUGGAUACACGCGCGGCAUUUAGCAGGGUACAGGCAACAGGAUGCCCAUGAGUUCCUCAUCGCAGCGUUAGAUGUCCUGCACAGGCACUGCAAAGGUGAUGAUGCCGGGAAGGCGGCCAACAAUCCCAACCACUGUAACUGCAUCAUUGACCAAAUCUUCACGGGUGGCCUGCAAUCUGAUGUUACCUGUCAAGCCUGCCAUGGUGUCUCCACCACGAUAGACCCAUGCUGGGACAUCAGUUUGGACUUACCUGGCUCUUGCACCUCCUUCUGGCCUAUGAGCCCAGGGAGGGAGAGCAGUGUGAAUGGGGAAAGCCACAUACCAGGAAUCACCACCCUCACGGACUGCCUGCGAAGGUUUACGAGGCCAGAGCACUUAGGAAGCAGUGCCAAAAUCAAGUGUGGUAGUUGCCAAAGCUACCAGGAAUCUACCAAACAGCUCACAAUGAAUAAAUUACCUGUCGUUGCCUGUUUUCAUUUCAAACGGUUUGAACACUCAGCCAAACAGAGGCGCAAGAUCACUACAUACAUAUCCUUUCCUCUGGAGCUGGAUAUGACACCAUUCAUGGCCUCGAGUAAAGAGAGCAGAAUGAAUGGACAGUUGCAGCUGCCAACCAAUAGUGGAAACGACGAGAAUAAGUAUUCCUUGUUUGCUGUGGUUAAUCACCAAGGAACCUUGGAGAGUGGCCACUACACCAGCUUCAUCCGACACCACAAGGACCAGUGGUUCAAGUGUGAUGAUGCUGUCAUCACCAAGGCCAGUAUUAAGGACGUUCUGGACAGUGAAGGGUAUUUACUGUUCUAUCACAAACAGGUCCUGGAACAUGAGUCAGAAAAAGUGAAAGAAGUGAAUACACAAGCCUACUGAAGUGACACACAGACCUACCUACCUGUAAUAGAAGAUGACAGCAGCACCCAUGCUACAACUGGCAUUGAGAUUUAAAGGACCUACUUGCAUGGCCCACGGGCCUGACAGAGUAAGAAUUGAACAGUUCCCAGUGUCUAAAAGGUCCUGAUUGGAAGAGAAAUAGAAGGGGCAGGAGAAGAGGCCCUAGUCUAAGCAGUCACUUAAAGGAAGAUUAAAUGGCAGGAUGCUCUGGGUGGGGAAGGCAGGAGCAGGGAAAUCCUGACACUGGUACAUAUCCUAUAUUCCUCCAAAAG